CAGGAACUGAAGAGCAUAAAAUUGUUCAAACCCAGAUCUUUUUACAGAAAAUGGUGGGAGAUUUUGCCUAAACUUCGUUCUAUUACCAUUGCCCUUUAUCCCAAAUCGCGAAGGUAAUUGGUUUUUAGGUUCAUCUAGUAUGGAGGAUAAAACUUUAGACUCGUGUACGACCCUUGUUACUCGUGCUAAAGAAGGCGCCAAGUGAGCGACAAAAGCGAAAAUCCUAUCGGCUCAGGUUCGCUCCUCUUUCACGACUGUCCUCACGUGUAUUUCCCUUCGUUAUCCAAAGUAGUAGAGCUCAAGGCUUUUCGCUUUUUUCAAAUUCGCUCUCUAUGAUGGAACUGCCAGUUCCAUUUCACCAAUUUUGUCUAACCCUUCAUGGGUUCUCCAUUUCUCUACCUCUGUGCCUCUGAACUCUAUCAUCAACCUCUGUUCAUGGCUGUUCCUGAAGCUUGUUCGUGGCCUAACCAUCUUGUAUUGCACCGCCGCUUGCGUUUCUCUGGCCCUUGGCAACUAUGCGCCGACAAGUUUCUAUCGCUAUCUCCGUAUAUUUGCCGGCACAUGCCUGUUGAAAAGAUGAGAUUUCGUCUCUGCACAGGGCAGAAUCAUUAUGUUGGAGGGUCGCCUAUAAUGUCGACUCAAAAAGGAGUAUGUAAAGUAGUUUGGACUAUUGAAGCUGAUUUGGAAGCCGAUCAACUUCUUUACUUAACUGGGGACCCUAUCGCAUUAGGCUCGUGGGAACCAAAUAUGGCGAUACAAAUGUCUCAUGUGGAUCAUUCUAACUUAUGGAAGGCUGAAGUCAAGAUAGCUCGUGGCAUAAAUUUCAAGUACAAUUAUUUUAUCAAGGAAGAAUCAUUGCCUUCAUCUGUCAUCUGGAGAACUGGACCUGAGUUCUCUCUAUGCCUACCUCAAACUGUCGAACAUAAUAAACAAAUUGUGGUGAGGGAUUCAUGGAUGAGGUUUGCUAUUACACGCCCUUCAGUUUUCACAUGGGAUUCAUGGAUAGAGGAACUGCCAUCGAAAUCUUUUCCAGCAGAAGAUGAAUGUGUAUUUGAAGAAGAAUGUAUUGAGAAUGAUUCUAUUGAGCCCAACAUAAAUUUAAAUGGUACCGUGAUAUAUGAUAAAUUAUACUCUGAUCAUGAGGAACUGAUGGAUUCUACAAGUCAGAGCUCGGAAUCUCAUAGACAUCAACCUAUUGAGGAACCGUGGUUAAUUCAGCUACCCCUCUUUUUUGAUCCAUCUAAGAAUGUGUUGGAAUUGGGACCCGAUCUGCUGAAAGAAGAGACGACACUACUAGAAACUCGAGAUCACCUAUUGGAAGAUGCAGCGAAUCUGCUGCCUGCAGCUGGGGUUGAUACAACGUUGGACCCUUUUUCUACCGUCAUACUGAUUAAUUCAUCAAUAUGCACCAUGCAGCGGAUUGCUGUGUUGGAGGAAGGAAAAUUGGUAGAGCUGCUACUGGAACCGGUUAAAAGCAAUGUCCAGUGUGAUAGUGUGUAUUUAGGGGUUGUCUCAAAACUUGUUCCUCACAUGGGUGGUGCAUUUGUAAAUAUUGGAAACACUAGACCUUCUCUAAUGGACAUUAAGCAAAACAGAGAGCCUUUCAUCUUCCCUCCUUUUCGUCAAAGGAUAAAUAAACGAGUGGUCAAUGGCUCCAUACAAGGACAACUAACAUCACAAGAUGAAAGUAUAUUGACUAAUACAAAAACCGAUGGUGUUGAUGACCACGAGGACAAUGAAGUUGAGGAUGGCUUUGAUGUUUCAGAGGUUCUUAGAGAAAAUGUGAAUGGGAGCGUUGUAGAUGAUGACGGUGAUCUAGAUGCCGACUUUGAAGACUGCGUAGAUGAUAAGGUACAUCAAGACGGCAAUGCUAGCAACAGUUAUUCAGCUACUGCAAAUUAUUCCCAUGGUUCUCAAUCGUCUCUUCUCCAAGAUGAAAAGGAUUCUAAGCAGACAGUGACCGCUGAAAAUAAAUGGUUCCAAGUUCGGAAAGGCACCAAAAUAAUAGUGCAGGUUGUCAAAGAGGGGCUAGGGACUAAAGGUCCGACACUGACUGCUUACCCACAGCUAAGAAGCCGAUUUUGGAUAUUGUUAACUCGUUGUGGUAGAAUUGGCAUCUCCAAGAAAAUUUCUGGUGUCGAGCGUACGCGCUUAAGAGUUAUAGCUAAAACCUUGCAGCCUCAAGGUUUUGGUUUGACUGUAAGAACAGUUGCUGCUGGUCAUUCUUUAGAAGAAUUAAGAAAAGAUUUGGAGGGUCUGAUUUCAACAUGGAAAACUAUAACAGAACAUGCAAAAUUAGCUGCUCUAGCUGCAGAUGAAGGCGUUGAGGGAGCAGUUCCUGUAAUUCUCCAUAGGGCUAUGGGACAAACACUUUCAGUUGUUCAAGAUUAUUUUAAUGAGAAGGUUAAGAGGAUGGUAGUCGACUCUCCAAGGACGUAUCACGAGGUCACUAAUUACCUUCAGGAAAUUGCUCCAGAUCUAUGUGAUCGAGUCGAGUUAUUUAAGGAAAGAAUACCUCUUUUUGAUAAAUUCAAUAUUGAAGAGGAAAUCAAUAGUAUGCUCAGUAAAAGGGUUCCACUUGCUAAUGGAGGUUCUCUAAUAAUUGAACAAACUGAGGCUCUAGUUUCCAUUGAUGUGAAUGGAGGGCAUGGGGUGUUCGGUCAAGAGACUUCGCAGGAGAAAGCUAUUCUAGAGGUCAACCUUGCUGCUGCAAGACAGAUAGCAAGGGAAUUACGAUUGAGAGAUAUUGGUGGAAUAAUUGUUGUAGAUUUCAUUGACAUGGCAGACGAAUCAAAUAAGAGAUUAGUGUAUGAAGAAAUAAAGAAGGCGGUUGAGAGAGACAGGUCAAUGGUGAAAGUUUCUGAGUUAUCAAGGCAUGGACUCAUGGAAAUUACAAGGAAGAGGGUUCGGCCAAGUGUAACGUUUAUGAUCAGUGAACCGUGUGCUUGCUGUCAUGCUACUGGAAGAGUCGAAGCUUUGGAAACCUCGUUUUCAAAAAUCGAGCAGGAAAUUUGUCGACAGCUUGCAACAAUGAAGCAGAAAACAGAUCCCGAAAAUCCAAAAUCAUGGCCGAAGUUCAUUUUAAGGGUCGACCAUCACAUGUGUGACUACUUAACUUCGGGCAAAAGGACACGACUCGCAAUCUUGAGUAGUUCCUUGAAAGUUUGGAUCAUUUUGAAGGUUGCAAGAGGAUUCACAAGAGGUGCAUUUGAGGUGAAAUCUUUCACAGAUGAUAAGUUGAGUAGAAGUGAAAAUCAAGCGCCUAUCUCUUUGUUACAGCCAUUAGAGGGUAGAAAUAACAACUCUAGCAAAAAAGUCACCCUCUUUCCAGUUAAAAAGUGGAAAGGGACUGGAAGAUAAAAGGACGACGGGUUUUUUGCAGCUCGAAAUUUCAAAGCCAAGCUCACCGGCUCACAGGUCUUUUUACUUGUCAUUAUCGCUCAAAAACGUACAUUACAUAAAUUACUCAUCCUUGGUUAUGAGCUGAGAUGCCUUCAAAAGUGUGGCAAUGGCAUAUACAGAUGGUUGUAGUGCUAAUCUAGCAGUUUUGUUCUAGAGGUGAACUUUUAUGCUCUUUCUUGGCUGCUCUGCAACUGAUGUAGCUUCUGGAUUCAAUUUUGAACGCUAUCUAUUACUGAUAAUUGUGAUGAUUGGUCUAAAUUCUGAAGUAAAAAGUUCAUGGUUCAAAAUUUGCUCUCA